AUGUCCGAAGACUUUCUAGACCAGCAGUCCCAAAUCAACGCCAAGAGUCUACAUUACCUCCUCCAGGAGCUAGUGCCCGCCUCCAUUCGGGUGUCGGAACAGCUAAGAAACGCUGCCAAUGGCACACCAGCUACAGAAGACAUCCAAACACGAAUCGAUUCUGAGCUAUCUCCCGUCAAGGACGACCAGCCCGGCACAAUCAACGUGUUCAACGCACGCUAUUUGCAUCUGGACGAGACUACAAUACGCAUAGAGACCUAUGGGUACACCUUGGGCUUGAAACUAGCCGAGAUUCUACUUUACAAAAACUCAAACAAGAGCAAAAUGGUGGACAUAUUAGACAUUAUGAAGUUUGUCUGCCGAGACGUUUGGAAGCUCAUGUACGACAAGCAGAUGGACAACUUGCGCACAAACCACCGGGGCACCUUUGUGCUUGUUGACAACGACUACCGGUUGAUCAACCGGUUGAACAGCGCCAAGGGCGAAAGCGACACGUUGGAAAAGGCAAAGUUGUACAUGUGGUUCCCGUGCGGUGUCAUCCGGGGCAUAUUGAUGAGCUUUGGUGUCGAGGCCAAUGUAGUGGGUGAAAUAACGCUGUUUCCGGGAGUCGUUUUCAAUAUCCAUACUUCCAUCAACAAUUGA